UAGCCUCUCAAUCUAACAUAGAAGAAGAAAAGCGAAAAGUCAUGGCGGCUGACAGUUUGUAAUGAGCCCACGAAAACAGACUAGAUUCUUUCAAGUUUUGCCGACAACAUUAAAACCAUAUCAGGGAUUAAAAACACCAACAACAAAAUGCAGAUAACGCUGAAAACCCUGCAACAGCAGACGUUCAAAAUCGACAUCGACGAAGAGGAAACGGUGAAGACGCUGAAGGAGAGGAUUGAACAGGAGAAAGGGAAGGACAAUUUCUCAGUUGCUGGACAGAAACUGAUAUAUGCUGGUAAAAUACUCAGCGAUGACACGGUGCUCAAAGAUUACAAAAUCAGUGAGAAGAACUUUGUUGUCGUCAUGGUGUCAAAGCCUAAAACGACCCCAGCCACCACACAGCCUUCAUCUGCCUCUUCAGCUCCCAGCAGCACGGCCUCUGCUGCCCCUCCUGCCUCAUCGUCCAGUAGUGAAAACACAACAGAAACUUCCUCUGCAGGGGAGAAACCUGAGGACAGGCGGUCAUCGACCGCUGAACCCACUUCCACUGCUGCCGGAAGCUCUGAGGCCUCAACAAACCCUAACCUUUUCAAUGAAGCAGUCUCAAAUCUAGUGACCGGCUCUUCAUAUGACGCCAUGGUGAACGAGAUCAUGCUCAUGGGCUACGAGAGGGAUCAGGUGGUAGCAGCACUGCGAGCUAGUUUCAAUAAUCCUGACAGAGCUGUGGAGUAUCUGCUCACAGGUAUUCCAGGCAGAGAUCAGGGCACUUCAUCAGGACCUGAUGCAGCAGCACCUCCUGUUAGUGCAGCUCCUGCAGCACCAACAGGUGGUUCUAGCGUUCCUGCCAACACUGAAUCUUCACCAAGUGCUGGGGGAGGCAACCCCUUGAGUUUCUUAAGAAAUCAGCCUCAAUUCCAAGUGAUGCGACAGCUGAUUCAGCAAAAUGCUGCCCUGCUGCCAGCCCUGCUGCAGGAGAUCGGCAGAGAAAACCCAGAGCUACUGCAGGAGAUAAGAAACCACCAAGAGCAGUUCAUCCAGAUGCUGAAUGAACCCAAUCCAGAGGCAGUGCCGCCAGGUGGGGGAGGAGGAGCGGGAGGAGCAGGGGGAAUUGGAAGUUUGGCAGGUGACACAUCAGGCGGGGGUCACAUGAGCUACAUCCAGGUCACACCGCAGGAGAAAGAGGCCAUUGAGAGGCUAAAAGCCUUGGGAUUUCCAGAGGGACUUGUUAUACAAGCUUACUUUGCUUGUGAGAAGAACGAGAACUUGGCUGCCAACUUCCUUUUACAACAGAACUUUGAUGAUGAUUAGAGGAGCCAUAUUUGUUUUGACUUGCUUUCUUUAUUUCUUCCUCUACUUCUUGAUUGCUAGCAUUCAUUAUAUGUCCAUAACAAGCCUUUUACAUGACCAAAAAAAGUUUUAUUGAUCACUUCCACGUUCACCUUUCUUAAUAAUAAUAAUAAUACAGGAUCAAUACAGCUGGUGUUCAGCAGUAUGUUGUUUGUAAUCAGUUCAACACAGAGGACCGAUUAAAAUUUAAGAACUUUGCAUCAGAAAUCCCCUGUGUGCUAUGGAUUUUUUAUAUUUUAAUUAAGACAACAUGAUUUUUUUAAAUUGAGGAAAAUCAAAGUAGUUUCCAAUGAGGGUUUAUGUCACAUUUAGUUCAGGGCGUAACUGAAGGGUUGUUGUUCUUUUCUUUUAAAUUCCAGUUGAAAAAAUGAAUUAAUGUUCUCUUAAAACAAAUAUGACAGUACAUUGCACUGGUUCUUUUCUAUGUUAAAGCUCCUGUGAUGAAUUUGUAGCUGGUUAGGGGUCAGAUUGAAAUGGAUUUUAAUGUCCCUUUAUGAGCUACAAAAGGAAGAAACUACCAAUAACAAGAAUGAGAGCUGAUAAUAUUGUAUUUUUAGUGCAUGUUAUCACUGCCGAAGGGGUAGGUGCCAGAUAAAGUGAGUUAUAGCACAGUGUAGCAACAGUCUUUCACAUUUUCCACACCAAAGAUUCAUAAUUAGUGCAAAAAACAGGAUGAGAGUCACAUCAGAAAACGCCUCUUAUUCAUGUCCAAGUCAAGAUCGUCCAUGGCGAGGAUGCCAACGUUGACACAAAUCAAAAGUUCCUCACAGGAGCUUUAAAUCUUCAAUCUGCAUGUUGAACAACAGAGCUGUUAGCAGGAGCUGUUGUAAGAAGUUUGAAGUAUGUGAAGGUGUCUUAACAUGUACAUACUUUACACACACGGUAGGGUUUAGCUGCAAUGAGAACAUGAGAGUAAUUUUUACAGAAAAAUAAAGUUUUGAUACUUGA